CAUCAGCGUGCAAAAAUGCAGAGCAACAAAGGCUUUAGCCUGGAUAAACAGAACCAUACUCCAAGGAAGCAGCAUCAGCACCAGCACCAGCACCAACACCAACACCAGCAGCAGCAGCAGCCGCCACCGCCUCCACUGCCACCAAUACCUGCAAAUGGGCAGCAGGCCAACAGCCAGAAAGAAGGCCUGACUAUCGAUCUGAAGAAUUUCCGAAAGCCAGGGGAGAAGACUUUCACCCAGAGCAGCCGCCUCUUUGUGGGCAAUCUCCCUCCUGACAUCACUGAAGAGGAGAUGAGGAAAUUGUUUGAGAAAUACGGAAAGGCAGGUGAGGUGUUCAUUCACAAGGACAAAGGCUUUGGUUUCAUCCGCCUGGAAACCCGCACCCUAGCCGAGAUCGCUAAAGUGGAACUGGACAGUAUGCCCUUACGUGGAAAGCAGUUGCAAGUGCGCUUUGCCUGCCAUAGCGCAUCCCUGACAGUUAGGAACCUGCCUCAGUUCGUGUCUAAUGAACUGUUGGAGGAGGCUUUCUCUGUCUUUGGCCAGGUGGAGAGGGCUGUAGUGAUUGUGGAUGAUCAAGGGAGGCCUUCAGGGAAAGGCAUUGUGGAAUUCUCAGGGAAGCCAGCUGCCCGGAAAGCUCUGGACAGAUGCAGUGAAGGGUCCUUUCUUCUGACCACAUUUCCUAGGCCAGCGACUGUGGAGCCGAUGGACCAGCUAGAUGAUGAAGAAGGGCUCCCAGAGAAGUUGGUCAUCAAGAACCAACAAUUUCACAAGGAACGAGAGCAGCCACCUCGAUUUGCCCAGCCUGGCUCCUUUGAAUAUGAGUAUGCCAUGCGCUGGAAGGUGCUGAUUGAGAUGGAGAAGCAGCAACAGGACCAAGUAGACCGAAACAUCAAAGAGGCCCGAGAGAAAGUGGAGAUGGAGAUGGAGGCUGCUCGCCAUGAGCAUCAGGUCAUGUUGAUGAGGCAGGAUUUGAUGAGACGACAGGAAGAGCUGGCUUGGAUGGAGGAGCUGCAUAACCAGGAGGUGCAGAAACGCAAGCAAAUGGAGCUCAGGCAGGAGGAGGAACGCAGGCGGCGUGAGGUGGAGAUGAGGCGGCAGCAGGAAGAAAUGAUGCGGCGGCAGCAGGAGGGCUUCAAAGGAAACUUCCUUGAUGCGAGAGAGCAGGAGAUGCGGAUGGGCCAGAUGGGUAUAGGAGGUGCUAUGGGCAUAAACAAUAGAGGAUCCCUGGGAGGUGCUAAUGUGCCAGCUGGUGCCCCAAGUGCUCCAGGGCCUGGUCCAAUGAUGCCAGAUGGAACCAUGGGAAUGACCCCACCACCUAGUGACCGCUUUGGCCAGGGUGGUACAAUGGAAGGACUUGGGGCAAUGGGUGGAAACCCUCCCGCAUUCAACCGAGGAACUCCUGGAGGGGACUUUGGCCCAAACAAACGUCGCAGAUACUAAUAGAGUCACAGUGUUGAGUUUUCCCUGACCCUGCAGACAAGGACCCUUUUUGGACUAGCCAGGAUUCUACCUUAGAGGGCUGUUGGGGCUCCGUUCCUCUUACUAGUUAGGCCUCCCCAC